AUGUCGGAUAGGGUUGACUGGUUACAAAGCCAAAACGGAGUAUGCAAAGUUGAUAUUUAUUCACCUGGAGACAACCAACCCCAGGCCUGGAAAAUGGAAGCCUCAACGGAUCCUAUCAGAGUGCUCAGCUGGCUUCGCAGAGACCUGGAAAAAAGUACAGCAGAAUUCCAAGAUGUCAGGUUCAAGCCUGGAGAAUCAUCAUUUGGUGGGGAAAUGACCAAUUCAGGAGACCCACGCAGGGGUUUCUCUGUAGACUAUUACAACACCACCACCAAGGGCAGUCCAGGGAGACUGCACUUUGAGGUGACUCACAAAGAGAAUCCUUUCCAGGGCCCCAAGGCCUGCCCUGGUAACGCGAGUUCAGUAGAUGAAAUUUCCUUCUAUGCUAACCGCCUCACAAAUCUAGUCAUAGCCAUGGCCCACAAGGAGAUCAAUGAGAAGAUUGAUGGCUCUGACAACAAGUGUGUCCAUCAGUCAUUGUACAUGGGGGAUGAACCCACGCCCAACAGAAGCCUGAGUAAGGUAGCAUCAGAACUGGUGAAUGAGACCUUCUCUGCAUGUUCCAGGAAUGUUGCCCCAGACAAGGCUCCUGGCUCUGCAGACAGAGCCUCAGGAUCAUUAAGGAGUCCCCCAAAUUUGAAAUACAAAUCCACUUUGAAGAUCAAGGAGAGCACUAAGGAGAGCAAGGGCCCAGAUGACAAGCCUCCUUCUAAGAGGUCUUUCUUCUAUAAGGAAGAGUUUGAAUCUCGUAAUGCAGGUGAUGCCAGAGAGGGUGGACAGUCCUUACCUGGGGAGAGAAAGAUGUUCAGAGGGCAGGAAAGGCCUGAUGACUUCACAGCUUCCAUUAGUCAAGGGAUCAUGACCUAUGCUAAUAGUGUGGUGUCUGAUAUGAUGAUCUCCAUCAUGAAGACACUGAGGAUCCAAGUGAAAGACACGACCAUUGCCACCAUCCUGCUGAAGAAGGUACUGCUCAAGCACACGAAAGAGGUGGUCUCAGAUCUCAUCGACUCCUUCAUGAAGAACCUCCACGAUGUCACAGGGACCCUCAUGACUGAUACAGACUUUGUCUCGGCUGUGAAAAGAAGUCUCUUCUCUCAUGGAAGUCAAAAGGCUGCAGAUAUCAUGGACGCCAUGAUGGGGAAGCUAUACACUGUUAUGUGUGCCAAGAAACCCCCUGAGAAUAUCAGGAAAACCAAGGACAAGUCUGAGAUUUAUUCCCUUGUCUCCAGAAUGGGUGACCCUAAAAACCAAAAUGUUAACUUUGCAAUGAAAUCUGAAGCUAAAUUAAAAGAAAAAAUGUCAUCUUCUGCAUGCAAACCAGAGAAGAACACUUGUGCUGAAACUCUGGGAGAGCACAUUAUCAAAGAGGGACUGACAAUGUGGCAUAAAACUCAACAGAAAGAAUGUAAAUCUCCAGGUUUCCAGCAUGCAACAUUAGAGCCUCCCAAAGAACAGUAUAAGCCUGCUCCAGAUAUUCCCUUUGGAUUUCCUUCAGAUACUUGCAACCUCAGUCCACCUAUGCAUCACCCAGAGAAACCUGAGAAUUUUGUGUGUGAUUCAGACUCCUGGGCCAAGGAUCUGAUUGUGUCUGCCCUACUUCUGAUUCAAUACCACCUGGCCCAGGGCGGAAGAAUGGAUGCACAGAGCUUCCUUGAAGCUGCUGGCAGCACCAACUUUCCCACUACCAAGUCCCCCAUGGUUUCAGACGAGUCCGGUCUUAAGUCUCCUCAUGCAGUAGGUGACCAAGAACAGGCAGAAAAGAAGGAUCUAAUGAGUGUUGUCUUCAAUUUUAUCCGGAACUUACUUGGUGAGACCAUUUUCAAGAGUGACCAUACCUCUGAACACAAGGUGCCAGAAAAGCCAGUUAAGGAAGAAGAUAGCAACCAGUGUGAAAGACCUGUAACCCCUUCUUCCACCAAACCGCAUGAAGGUGAUGAGCCUGGUGGUACUUUUGCUGGGCUGACCAAGAUGGUUGCCAACCAGCUAGAUGGCCACCUGAAUGGGCAGAUGGUGGAACGUCUAAUGGACUCAGUGAUGAAGUUGUGUCUCAUCAUUGCCAAGUCUUGCGACUCUCCCUUUGUGGAGCUGGGAGACGAUAAGUGUGGGGAUUCCAGCAGGCCAACUUCAGCCUUCCCAGAUAGUUUAUAUGAGUGUUUACCUGUCAAGGGCACAGGGACAGCAGAAGCUCUCCUGCAGAAUGCCUAUCAAGCUGUCCAUAAUGAACUGAGAGGUGUAUCAGGACAGCCCCCUGAAGGGUGUGCAGCACCCAAGGUGAUUGUCAGCAAUCACAACCUCACUGAUACAGUGCAGAACAAGCAGCUCCAAGCUGUCCUUCAAUGGGUAGCUGCCUCUGAGCUCAAUGUCCCUAUUUUGUACUUCGCUGGUGAUGAGGAAGGGAUCCAAGAGAAGCUGCUUCAGCUCUCGGCCGCCGCUGUGGACAAAGGAUGCAGCGUGGGUGAGGUUCUGCAGUCAGUGGUGCGCUAUGAGAAGGAGCGACAGCUGGACGAGGCGGUGGGGAACGUUACACGGCUGCAGCUGCUGGAUUGGCUGAUGGUGAACCUGUGA